ACAGACAAAAUGUUUGAGAGAAAAAUGGACUAAAAUAUUUCCUAUAAUUAGUCUAAACCGCCUGAUCUCCAGGAUGACUACUAAAAUAGCGAAUGAAGUUUUUGUAUCUCUCAGCAGUCUUGUAGACAGUAUUCCUAGAGAUGUGUACUCAGCGGAGGGGUCGAUUGUUUUUAAAGAAGAGGCUCUAGGGGAAGAAGAACAUGAAGAGAAUGAAAGCGGUACCCUUCUGUUCGAGGGGAAGAGCGCACCUGAGCUGCCUUGCUACGGGGACUUGGCGCAGUACGUGGCAACUUUACGCACGCACCCAGUGGCGUUUACUGGCAAGUUCUCGGUGGACUCCAGAGGCGCAGGAGAACCGUGGACACCGAGGCAGGUCAUCAACGUAAUCAGCGCUGACAUCGCCGCCCCGGUGUCUGCGUCGUGUUCAAGAUCGCCAGAUCUUGACGCGGGGGACUGUACCAUGGCGCACGGCCAUCCGGACAUCAGUCACAUGUACGUGCCCCCCCAUCAUCAUCCUCAUCCUCACCCUCAUUCUCACCCUCACCCGGCCCCUUCCUACUCCUGCAGCGGAGACAUGUACCAGGACCAGUCGGCGGGGGGGUACCUGUCGACCUCCACCUGCUCUGUGUCCUACCACCCGCCUCCGACCUACAACCCUGCGCCUAAAUCGACUGUAGACGGCGCCGCACUGCUGUCUAUCAUGCCCGAGUACGGAGGCUUCUACCAGCAGAGCUGCCAAAGAGAUAUCCAGGCGUCUUUCCCAGAGAGGAAAUCACUCCCGUACCCGCUAGACUCCCUCAGGGUGCCUCCGCCUCUAACUCCUCUCAACACCAUCAGGAACUUUACGCUCGGUGCGCCGUCACCUGCGGCCGAAGGUCCGAUGGCCGCCGCCUUCCCCAGCCACCAAAGCCUCCCUCUUCGGCCGAUCCUGAGACCCAGGAAGUACCCGAACCGGCCGAGCAAGACGCCGGUCCACCAGAGGCCGUACCCGUGCCCGGCGGAGAACUGCGAUCGCAGGUUCUCCCGGUCGGACGAGCUGAGCCGACACCUGCGCAUCCACACGGGCCACAAACCAUUCCAGUGCCGCAUCUGCAUGAGGAACUUCAGCCGCAGCGACCACCUCACCACCCACAUCCGCACGCACACCGGGGAGAAACCCUUCUCCUGCGACCAAUGCGGGAGGAAGUUCGCCCGGAGUGACGAAAGGAGGAGGCACAUGAAGAUUCACCUCCGGCAGAAGGAGAAGAAAUCCUCAGCGUCUUAAUCCUCAUCGCGCACGGCUUGAUGCUGGUGAAUGGGUACUUUCUCAAUCCGAACAUGACCAGUGGAUCGGCUCCUGCCUCAGUCUGUCAGCCAAAAGAGUCCAAAUCUUACCUUGUAGUUUAUUUAGUCAAGAGGUGGAAGAAAUCUCUUUGGAAGCACAUCAGGUAGAAUCAGGGACCAGAGUUUGGCCAUGCCGUCGUUAUUUAUCACAUUAACAUAAUUCCUCAUCAGUCAGUGGUUCAGAUUAUUAAUAGACAGUCAUACACACAAACAAAGUUGGACAUUGUGGUGUUAAAUUGUAAAUGGACUUUGGUUUACACUUUAAACGACAACAGUUGGUGUGCUUCUUUAAAACACAGUGUGACCAGCUGCUACAGCUCAUUUUAGUGCUCUGUGGCAAAGCAGUGUGUUGACUGUCUACAUGCUUCAUAUUCUCAGGGAUUCAAUUACAAUCAAGGCUGCAAACAUGAGACCAAAAUGCUGCAGGUCAGCUGACCGAUGCAGGAGUUUAACCAGCUGUGGUUUGGUUUCAACUGCAGUUUAAUGUACAAAAUCUGGUAAUCUCAGAAAAAUUACAAUAAAUCACUGUGGUAUCAGAGGGG